AUGAUGCUCAUCCACUUCCUUGUCAGCCUCAUGCUGGCUGUCUCUGGCAUCUUUAGCCAGGCUGCUGCCAACAUGGCCAGCAAGGGUGUUACCAGCCAGACCACCUCUGGUGAGGGAUCUGCCGUGUCCACUGGUACCACCGCUGCUGGUUUGGUUGGUGCUGUCGAUGCCAUCUUGCCCAAUUCCACUGGUAACCACUCUCUGGUUUUCACUCAGACCUACAAUGUCCCUGCUGUCAAGAACGCCUCGACUACUACUGGUGACACCACGUCCAGCGCGAUCACCACCUCUUGGACUUCUGUCACCAUGGUUUACACCACAGUCGAGACUUUCGUCUACAAACCCAUCACUCGCAGUGGUAACUAA